UGACUACUCCCUCUUCAUCAAAUCUCAAGGUACUUCACUCACAAUUGUUCUUAUUUAUGUUGAUGACAUACUUCUCACGGGCAACGAUCUUCAAGAAAUGAAACGCCUUAAAGAGUUUCUUCUCAAGCGUUUCCGUAUCAAAGAUCUUGGAGAUUUGAAAUAUUUUUUGGGCAUUGAGUUUUCUCGUUCCAAAGAAGGUAUCUUCAUGUCUCAAAGAAAAUAUGCUCUAGACAUUUUGCAAGAUUCGGGACUGACAGGCGCUCGCCCUGAUAAAUUUCCAAUGGAACAAAAUUUGAAACUAACUCCCACAGAUGGAGUGGUACUAAAUGAUCCAACCAAAUAUAGAAGGCUUGUUGGUAGGUUAAUUUACCUUACUGUCACAAGACCUGACAUUGUAUAUUCUGUCCAAACAUUGAGUCAAUUCAUGCAUGAGCCAAGAAAGCCUCACUGGGAUGCUGCAUUGAGAGUCCUCAGAUACAUCAAAGGCACACCUGGACAGGGCUUACUAUUUUCAUCUGCUAAUGACCUUACCUUAAAGGCUUUUUGUGAUUCAGAUUGGGGAGGUUGUCAUGCCACUAGAAAAUCUGUUACAGGAUUUUGCUUUUUCCUUGGAAAUUCUCUCAUCUCAUGGAAGUCUAAGAAGCAAGUUGUUGUCUCUAGAUCAUCAGCCGAAUCUGAAUAUCGAGCUAUGGCUAAUACAUGCUUGGAGUUGACCUGGCUACGGUUCAUAUUACAAGAUUUAAAAGUCCCACAAGAUGCUCCAACACCAUUAUUCUGUGACAACCAGGCAGCUCUACACAUUGCGGCGAAUCCUGUAUUUCAUGAGCGUACAAAACAUAUUGAAAUUGAUUGUCAUAUAGUACGGGAAAAACUACAAGCUGGGAUGAUCAAUCCUUCUUAUGUGCCAACAAAAUUCUAG